CUCACAAAUUCACAUGGCAGCUGAGUAUCUGCAGGCUUGUUCUGCAUGGGGACUGUUCAGAAGUCAAACUCACUGUAGCUCUACUUACCGGACUGUAAAAACACCAACAAACAAUGGACAGGAAACAGAAUCUGAACCGAGCCGAGACGUUCUCCUUCGUCAACCCCUGGAUCAGAUAUUUCCUCUUCUUCUUCAGCUUCUUAUUUUGGACUUUCUCCUUGUUGAUUGUUGCCAUCGGGGUCUAUGCUAAAGUCCAGAAAGCUACAGACACGGUGCGGGACACGUUCCUGAUCGACCCGGCUAUCAUCCUAAUUGUGGUGGGGGUGGUCAUGUUCUUCAUCACUUUCUGUGGUUGCAUCGGAGCCCUCCGAGAGAACAUUCGCCUCCUCAAGACAUUCUCCUUCAGCCUGACAUUGGUCUUCCUCACCCAGCUGGCCAUAGCAAUUCUGGGCUUUUUCUACUCUGAUCAGACUCGUGACGCUUUGGGAAAGUUUGUGAAGAAAGCCAUUGUGCACUACAGGGAUGACCUGGAUCUGCAGAACCUGAUGGAUUACAUCCAGAAAGAGUUCAAGUGUUGUGGGUGGAACAACUACACAGACUGGUCUUGGAACCUGUACUUUAAUUGUACACAUGAGAACCCCAGCUCUGAGCGCUGUGCUGUGCCUUACUCCUGCUGCACUCCUGUUCCUGGAGAGACGGUGAUCAACACUAUGUGCGGUUUUGGGAUUCAAACCCAGAACUUCCUGGAGGCAACCAAGUCAAUCUACCCGGUAGGCUGUGCGGACAAAGCAGUGAUCUGGAUCGAGUCUCAUCUGUUGCUGGUGGGGGCUCUCGCCCUGGGUCUGGCCUUGCCUCAGAUUGCAGGCAUUGUGCUGUCCCAGAUCCUGAUCUCUCAGAUCCAAGAUGAGAUUACCUCAGUGUUGUGAAAGCGGGCCGCCGCGGGGGAAAGAGAAGAACUUACAGUACUCCGCUCAGCUCGUCUGACAUGUGC